GAUGUAUGAAACUAACAAAGUCUGGCACAAGGCUAGUACUUUGUUGAAACUAUCAUCAUCAACUCAGUUAGUUCUAACGUUUCUAUUUCCAAUAUGUCGACUCGCAUACCUCUUCUUUUUGGGACGAUGACCAUGGGGUUCGAGGGCACGAACGGAGUGCGGACGUCCAGCGAGAAGGACUGUCAAGAAAUCCUAGACAUCUUCUUCAGUCACGGCCACACUGAAUUGGACACAGCACGCGUAUAUGCCGAAGGCACCACUGAACAGGUCUUGGCCAAGCUCAAUUUGAAGAAUGCGACGAUCGACACCAAAGUGUACCCUGUCACUCCGGGAGAUCACAGCCCGCAUGCGUUGCGGUCUAUUUUCCUCACGUCCCUCCAAUCUCUGAAGCGCGACAAAGUCCGGGUCUUGUAUUUGCAUGCUCCUGAUCGCAGCGUUCCAUUUGAAGACACCGUACGAGAGAUCAACAAGCUCUAUACUGAGGGUCGUUUCGAGAUAUUUGGUCUGAGCAACUUUGCAGCUUGGGAGGUUGCAGAAGUUGUCGGAAUCUGCAAAGCGAAUGGUUAUGUGCUGCCAAAGAUCUACCAGGUGAUGUACAAUGCGAUCACCCGGGAGAUGGAGCCUGAGCUCCUUCCUUGCUGCCGAAAGUAUGGCUUGCGGCUGGUCAGUUACAACCCAUUAGCCGGCGGUCUUUUUGCAGGCAAGGUGCUUUCCACUGAGGAGGUAGCUCCCGAGGGUGGCCGCUUUGACCCGAAGUCGAAGAUGGGCCAGAUGUACCGAGCACGGUACCUUAGGGAAGGGUACUUCAAGGCUCUUGAACUCGUGAAAGCCGCUGCCGAUGGACAUGGUCUUCGUCUUACAGAGGUUGCCCUUCGUUGGUGUCAACACCAUUCUCUACUGACGCCGGAAGACGGUAUCAUCCUGGGCGCUAGCAGUGCAGCGCAACUAGAGCAAAAUUGUGUUGACUCGGCGAAAGGGCCUCUCCCACAGGAUGUUGUUGAUGCGCUUGACGAGGCUUGCAGGCUUGUGAAGGCACACGGAAGCACCCCGUUAUACUGGCGUUGAGGGCUCUUUUCGUUGAGGCAUAGUCAAGAGUGUGGUAAACCUAGUGACAAUUGAAUUUACUGUCAUGAUAAUGAAUUCCAACGAACGCUGCCACAGCGUCAACUAGUAUGACAAUCGAGUACUGUGUACUUUAUCGACAUACGCACAAUAUCCUAGAACACAAAAGAAAUUAGGUCGAGCGUUUAUGGUUGAAGGAAGGCUGGAUAGAUGCGAGCUGGAAUCUUCAUAGUCUCUUGGGAAGACAAUAUGUCGUCUCUAAACGC